CUAACCUCAACACCAAUCAAGACACCUACCCCUGUCCAAGCAGCACAGUUUUUACCAUGCCCAAGUACACCUGGAGGCCUCAAUACGAGUGCCAGCAGCAUUGAAGUUGGUGUAACCGACGAAAGCUACCAGCUUGAGUCAACCAUCACCCCCACAACAUCGUCAUCAUCAGAAGAGGAAGGUGGAAAAGACUGAAGUGAAAAGAAGUUCAUUGUCAAUGAAUCUAGCCUCAUGUCACUAUUCAAAUUCUGCCAGAUGUGCGGGAAACCAAUUUCUUCAAAGCACAUUUUUGAUACUGGGGCACAGAGGAAGGUGAAAUGGACUUGUCUUGGGGGCCAUUUGGGGACUUGGACAUCUUCACCUGAUGUUAGAGGAAUGCCCGAGGUGAAUCUCCUUUCUGCGGCAGCUGUUCUGUUCAAGGGUGGAACAUACACAGAACUGUCAGACUGGUGCAAAACCAUGGGUGUCCAAAUGAUUGCACAUACAAUACAUAUACAACUACAUUUUACGCCAUCCAGAAGGCGUACUUGCACCCUGCUAUUGAGAACUUGUAUGAGGAGAGGAGAACUGAAGUCUUGGCAAGAGUUUAUUUGGAACAGGAGGAUGGGAAGCGGCCACCCUUGGCGGGGAAUGGCAGAUGUGACUCGCCCGGUUUCAAUGUGAAAUACUGUCACUACACGUUUAUGCUAGAUGAUACAAAGGAGAUACUCCACACAGAGCUGGUGCAGUCUACAGAGGCCACCAGCUCUGGAGCCAUGGAGCCACUGGGUUUUAAAAGGGGAAUGACAGAGCUUCUGGACUUGGGCCUUGACGUGGAGGUGAUGACCACGGACCGCUCCUCAUCAAUACGGAAGAUAAUGAGGGAACAAUAUCCUAAUAUCCAGCACGAAUUUGACAUCUGGCACACAGCCAAAGGUUUCCGGAAUAAAAUACUGACGAAGGGGGAAAAAAAGGACACUGCAAUCCUUCUUGCAUGGACCAGGUCUGUCGUAAACCACAUGUGGUAUAGCUGUGCCACAAGUAAGGGGGACAUAGAGGCACUGCAAAACUGUUGGAAAUCCAUUACACACCAUGUUUGCAACGAACACGAGUGGAGAGAUGAUGACGGAAAACAGCAUAGGUGUGAUCAUCCUCCUCUUACCCCCCAGGACCAGAGGAUGCGGAUGUGGAUUGACAAGGACUCAGUGGCAUUGCAGGCCCUGUCGUCUCUGGUCCUAAACGAAAGGCUCUUGAAAGACCUCAACCAGAUGGCACUCUUCAAACAUACUGGGCCACUGGAGAACUUUCAUAGUGCUCUGCUGAAAUACCUCCCCAAGCGGCAGGCCUUCUCAUACCAUGGAAUGAGGGAGAGGUGCCACCUCGCCAUCCUCGACCACAAUGAAAACAUUGUGAAAAGGAAGCAAGCCACCACAGUGACAGGAGAGGCACGAUUCAAACAGGUGUACUGCAAGAAGUCCAAGCAAUGGAUAUUGAAAAAAGUCAGUUUGUCGGAGACCUAAUUGAGAGGGUCCUGGAAAGUGGACGCAACCCGAACAUCAAGUUCAAAACCCCAACCUCCUCACUCACCCUGCCACAACCUGCGUUGCCACCCAACAUUGCCCCUGUACCAAAACCAUCAAAAGAGACCUUUUUAUAUUCUGCCACUACUGUCUGUGUGUGUGUGUGUGUGUGUGUGUGUAUAAUUUAGUUAUUUUAAUUUCUUGUCUACCUAUGAAACAAAUCUUUCAUUUGUGAAUAAAACAAAACUUAUUCAA